UGCCUUGAGCCCUAGCCAGAUUGUCGGUGCGGGCUAUAGUGGAGAUUUUUCGAGGCUGAGAUAGUGGGACGUACGUUAUUUUUUUGGAGAAGAACAGAGCGAGAGGCCACGUUUGGAAAAGUUCUCCAUACGCAUCCUUGGAAAUUACAACAGGUUGACCUGUCACCAUGACGACAGAGGCAGGCUCUGAGACAGAGGUGAAGGAGAAAGCAGAGGAGUCAGCUGCUCAGCUGGACCAAUCAGAGAAGACUAAAGAAGAAACCCAGGAAGUAGCAAACGCGGAGGGAGAGGAGAAGGAGAAAGAGGGGAAAGAGGGAAAAGGAAUAUCGCGAUACCUGCCAACAUGGCUUAAGAAGCAGAAGUCUCAAAGCCAGACUUCCCCAACCAAGGAGGUCCCACCCAAAGAGGAAGCCAUUAGCACAGUGACACAAGAAGUGGAGGGGCCUGCCCCAGAGGUGAACGGCCACGCAGAGGAAGUGGAAGAAAAGGAGACAGUAAAGUCGGAGCAAGUGAGGGAAAAAGAAGCAGAAUCUCAUUCCAACGCCAGCGCAGACACUGAGCCUGCCAAGGAAGAGAAGGUGGAAGAGAGUGCUGAGAAAAGUCCUGAAUUGACCAAGGAGACAACAGAGGGAGAAAGAGUGGAGGAGGAGAAGAAGGAGCCGGAAGGAGAGGUACAAGGUGAAGAGCAGGGCGAAGGAGAAGGCCAGACCUCCAUUUUCCAGUCUCCUUUUCGUCUGGUGAGAAAGACCAAGAUGAAACUGGUGGUGUGUCAUGUGACCCUACUGGAUGGGACCGACUUCACCUGUGAGGUGGAGAAACGUGCUAAGGGCCAGUACUUAUUCUUUAAGGUAUGUGAGCACCUUAAUCUAUUGGAAAAAGACUACUUUGGACUGACAUACAAGGACAGUCAUGAACAAAAGUGUUGGUUGGAUCCCACUAAGGAAAUCAAGAGACAGAUACGCAGUAACAACUGGCAGUUUGCAUUCAAUGUCAAGUUCUACCCUCCUGACCCCUCACUGCUCACUGAAGACAUUACCAGGUACCUGUUGUGUCUGCAGCUCCGUGAGGAUGUGGCUUCUGGUCGACUGCCUUGCUCAUUUGUCACUCACGCUCUGCUGGGGUCAUACACGUUGCAGGCAGAAUUUGGUGACUACGAACCCGACCACCCUCGGCCUCUGGACUACAUUAGUCAGCUGACCUUUGCGCCCAAUCAGAACAAAGAGAUGGAGGAGAAGAUUCUUGAACUCCACAAGUCCCACAGGGGAAUGACACCAGCACAGGCUGAUACCCAGUUUCUAGAAAAUGCCAAGAAACUGUCCAUGUACGGAGUGGACCUGCACCAUGCUAAGGAUUCUGAGGGUGUGGACAUCAUGCUAGGUGUGUGUGCCAACGGACUACUGGUUUACAAAGACAGACUUCGGAUAAAUCGUUUUGCUUGGCCCAAGAUACUCAAGAUUUCAUAUAAGAGGAACAACUUCUACAUUAAGAUCAGACCAGGAGAGACGGAGCAGUUUGAGAGCACAGUGGGAUUCAAACUCCAGAAUCAUCGGUCUGCCAAAAGGCUGUGGAAAGUCUGUGUGGAGAAUCACAGUUUCUUCAGGUUAAAUUCACCAGAACCUCCUACUAAGGCCCGUUUCUUGACUCUGGGCUCUAAGUUCCGCUACAGUGGACGAACCCAGGCCCAGACCCGCCUGGCCAGCUCCCUCAUAGACCGACCUGCACCCAACUUUGAACGCACCUCAUCAAAACGCAUCAGCCGCAGUCUGGAUGGAGCCCCAGUGAUCAGCAUUACUGAGGCUGGCAGGGAUAAAGCUGAGAACGGACGUGAGCCCCGCCUGGAGCUCCACUCUGAUUCUAAGGUUAAGGAGGUGGACUUAAGCCCUGGUGAUGUUGAAGCCACACCUACCCAGUCACUUGGAGCCAGUGAGGUUGCCCUCUCUCAGGACCAUGAUAAGACCCAAGACGAGGUUCUGAAACACCAAGCUAGCAUUAGCCAGCUUAAACGCUCCUUUAUGGAGGCACCACCUCCCUCUCCUCCUCAGCCCAACCAGUGGGAGAAACGUCUCACCUCCUCUCCUGCUACAACGAUACGUAUUCAACAGCAACAAGUGGUGAGUGUGCCCCAAAUGGAAGCAGCUGCAGCCGAUAGUACGAUCUCUGAUACCAAAGAAUCUGCAAAGACAACCGAAGUUGAAAUCGAAGAAACCGUUGUCGUCCAAGAGGUUUCCAAAGCAACCAAACCUGGACUUGUCACUGUUACAACCAGCGCUCCUGCUGGCCCACCUGCUGAGCAGGAAACAAGAGAACAAGAAGUGAAGGUUGAGGAGGAAGUAGUGGUAGCAGAGGAAGCAAAAGCUGUGAAGCAGGAGAGCAUUUCAUCUGAGAGCGAGAGCGAGGAAGAAGCGGAGUACCACCCACAUGUCUCUGUAUCCAUCUCUCAUACACAAAUACCAGAGGAGAAAGAAGAGGAUGAAGAGCAAGAGAAGAAAGACGAGGAUAAGACGGCGGAACAGGACAUGUCAGCUCCAGAAGCUGCUUCCCUUCCAGCUGAAAUCACUCAGCCCCCAGAAGAAACCAGUCGAGAGGUAGAGGAGUCCAGGAAAGAUGACACAGAGGCAGAGAGCAAGAAGAAUGCAGAGGAGGAGAAAGAAGGUGAGAGGGAAACAGAGGACAGCACAGAUGAUCCAAUGAUGACACCUGAUGAAGCACCCAACGGUCUCACCCUGCCUGAGGAGGCUGUGACCGUGUUGGUCGCCCCUGUGAAGGAAGAAGAGGAGCCCAAAAUGAACGGAGAAGCCUCUGUGGUUGAAGCAGAAGCCCGGCCACAGGUUAUUUGUUGCUCUGAGCCACCUGUGGUAAAGACAGAAAUGGUGACUAUAUCAGACACGUUUGCAGCCCAGAAAACUGAGAUAGCUACAAAAGAAGUUCCAAUCGUACAUACGGAAACCAAGACCAUCACUUACGAAGCCGCACAGUUGGAUGGUAAUGGCGAUGGCGAGCCUGGAGUGUUGAUGACCGCUCAGACAAUCACCUCUGAAUCUCUGUGUACUACUACAACCACACACAUUACCAAGACGCUAAAGGGCGGCCUAUCGGAGACAAGGAUUGAGAAACGCAUCGUCAUUACUGGUGACUGUGACAUCGACCACGACCAGGCACUGGCCCAGGCCAUUAAGGAGGCCAAAGAGCAACAUCCUGACAUGUCUGUUACCAGAGUGGUGGUUCAUAAAGAAACUGAACUGGCUGAGGAGGAGGAUUGACUGAGCUCAGAGUUGAAGGGCCCAUCAUGACUGUUUUCUCUGUUGAAGUUGAACGACCUACAUCACCCUACAACAACCAACCUUGACUGACUGAAGAGGAGAAGAGGAAGAGCUAAAAGAACAGGAGGAGAAGGGGUUAGACAGACGGAGAGAAGUAGCCAGUCUCUUCCUAGUCAGUCUUUCUUACAUGUCUGUGGUGCAUCUAAGUCCCUCACUCCAAAACGAAGUAAAAAAAAAAAUAAUAAUAAUAAUAUCCUCACUCUUUUUGAGGGAGCAAAAAAGAACCACUUUGUUAGCUUAACAUUUGUAGUGUGUUUUUAUUUUUUAAUAGUGCUUUUAUUUUCUUUAACUGUUUGUUAAAAAGAGAGAAGAUAGUGUGUCUGUCAUAUAUUGAAAAAAUAAAACUUUUAGGGAUGCGCUGAUAACCAAUUCUGAUAAGAUACAAGGCUAAAAAUGAUGACUGUAUCAUUGUACUGAUUAUUUCACCAGUUCCAGUGACCUUCAGUAACACUCAGAAGUUGUAAUCUGUAUCAGCAGUGAAAAAGUGGUAUUGGUGCAUUCCUAAAGAAACAAACAAAAAAAAGGUUAUUUGUGAAAUUACAGCUCCCUCCCUUACUUCAUUAAGUGGAGAAUAACAAAAUAUAAGUCAUUUCAAAAAAUCUUUCUCCCUCCAGAAAACAGGGAGACACAACUUGGUCUUUUUUUUUUUUUUUUUUUUCUUCAACUUUUUCAAAGUGUAACAGAAUCCUACAGUCUCACUCAUUAAAACACAUUCACAGUCAGUCGGAUGACGGUAGAAACCAGCUGUUUCACAUUAUCCCAUUUUGUUACUAAUAAUUACAGAAAAUACAGCAAAUAGGGAGCUGUAACUUAAAAACCAACGUUUUUUUUUUUUUUUUUUUUUUUUUUUUUUUAAAUUUUAUGAUUGUCUUUUUUUCCUGUAAGUAUAGUUAUUAUUCAUCCACAUUCCUUGUGUGUUGACUAGCGACUGAGUGAGUUCAUUUUCAGUCCAAUUCACUUUUUACUCAAUUCUAAGAAGAGAAGACAUUUUAACAUUUGCAAUAGGUUGGAAUGGAAGGAAUCUUAAUUGAGUCGGUGGGUUUUACUGUAUUUUAGAUUUCAUUGUUAUUAAAAUGAAAUGAAUUCGAACUGAAAACGAAGUGACUUGUAUACAACUGUGUAUACAACUUUCUGUACAGUAAACUAAAUGAAGGUUAUUAGAUGGGAGCAGUAAUCCAGUAAUCAUUAGCUAACCGCUCUUCCUGGGCCCGCCCACUGUACGACACUAACCAUUCCUACUGGGCCGCAAGGGAGCAGUGAACUGACUUUUGAUUGGGAGAGAGGAACAGUAAAGAGAAGGAUAAUUGGGAUAUAGAGGUGGCGUUGUACAGUGCCAACCAUCGACUGCUUGGGAGUGAAAAAGAAUUUGAACAUUGAUGCAUGUUGGCCUUUUUUUUCAUGGCAAGGGCAAGUUUCAGUCAUGUCAUUUUGCAUCCUGCAGUGAGUUAAAGCUUUUGUAAUAUUCUUAGGACAGUGCUUUACACACAGCCUACAAUUUAAAUUAUUCAAAAAAAGAGUUUUGUGCUACAGCCAGCACAGGUACCAAAAUGAGGAUAUGCAGCUGGACCAUCGUGAAACCAGUUGUGUCCCUUAUUCAGAAUAAUGUCAUUUCUACCAGUUUGCUAACUCUUCAUCAAAACCUGUUUGUUGUCAUAGUUCAGCACUUCAUUUCACUCCCAGCUUCUUUUCAUACCACAAAACCUGCUAGAUAUAAUGAGAUCAGGAAAUAAAUUCAGCAUGUCUUCACAUAUUUUUAUCUUGAAAGAGUAUCUCGAGCGAGUUUAGAUAGAAGGCCACUGUGUUGAUUGGUUUGAGAGUGUGUAGAUAACAUAUUAUCUCGACUCAUACAGUAUGUCUGGAUAAGAUUAUCUUUGACAUGACGCUGGCUGUGUUGUAACUGUUUCACCACAAUCAAAUAUUCUGCAGCUUUAGUGUGAUUUUAUGUGUUUCAAUUUCAAAAUUACAUUCAGUUGUAUUCUACAUUAUGCUACCACACGAGCAUAACACUAUUUACUACACCACAAACAGACAUGGAAACAGUUACAACGUCACAUUAAAAUGCAGCUUAAAGGGAAGUGUAUCAGAGGGUUUGAAGUGCUCUUGAAACCCCGUUAAUGGAAUCUCAUGAUGUUUUAUUCAUUUUCUGUGUCCUUUAACCCAAAUGUUCAGCAGAAUUCCACAAAAAUGUGAAUUUGUUUAAAUAUCAGUGGCAUUAAAUGGGUUAGAACAAGGAGCUUGGUCCAAUGCAUUUAGUUGAAACAGAUUUUUAGUGUGAGCAGCAAAAAACAAAAACACAUUCUGAAAAACUGGUUGAUUGUAAUCAAAGAAGUGCCACAGACUUACGUAAAAACAUUCCAACCAGACUCGCCUAGGUUUGUCUUAACCCUCCUGUCUGACUGGACAUAGUGGCAUUUUACAUUGGACCCGAGAAUAGUUUUUUUAAUGAAGAAAUACUGACACACAUUCUCCUCUUUUGAAAUAGUAUGUAACUUUUUUAAUUUGACAGCAUUUUAAAACUUUCUUUUUGGAAUAAGGCACCUCCAGAUGAUGAACUGGUAAUGACUAUGUAUGGCUUUUUAUGGGGCAACACUGGUCUGACCUCUACUAUGCAGUUAAAUGACAUUCCAGAUGAGGGGGAAGCUUUAACCUCUAACCCUCUUGAAAAGAGUCAAAGCAGCAGAAAAAGAUUGAAAAAACCAACCAUGCAAAACUAGGCAGCUUUGGAAGCUUUCGCUGUUCAAAAAAAAAAAAAAAAAAAAGCAAUGG